AUGAUGCUUGAUCCAGAGAAUACAUACGUGGGGUGGUUUUCAGUGUACCAGCCGCUAUCAUUGCCAUCGCGCGCACCCGCGAGCGACCGCGACAGCUACGACGACCCUCGGCUAUCGCCCAAUCCUUCUCCCCGUUCGCACUCGUCUCAUCGACCUCUGCGCGAGUCGUACACCAGUCGGGCGUACUAUCAACCUCAGGGGCAGUAUGAUCCAAGUUGGGAUUCUCGUUCCGGCGACUGGCUCCCCGACGAUCGUGCUUCGUAUACCAGCGACAGUCGACGGUAUGCCUAUGAACACGACCGCGGCUUGUCGCCAGCGGACUCCCAUUCAGGCUUUCCUCAGCAAGAUGAGCAUGAUGUCAUCUCCAAGAAGAGACGCAAAGGGGGAGCAGAUCCAGACGCGGAGUACAUGCCUACGAAGCAGAGAAGAACGAGUCAGCGCAAAUCGACCCGCAAGGCAAAAGAUGCGCGUCCUGUGUCGCCUACCACCGUGAACGCCAUCGAGCCUCUGGAUUCCUAUAACCACAACACUAAGCAGCUGGAACUGGACUCUUCAGAUCUCGAAGACUGUCGGGAGAUUUGGGCAGACGGACUGAAUGCCUACGUGUUGGAAACUAAAAGGCGCCAAAAUCGUCUUUCUCAGAUAUUUUGGGAUGGGGUUCGGGAACGUAAUUCGGUGACAGCGCAGGACCUCUCCCGACACUACUCCACAAGAAUAGAGAGCAUCCCAGCAUCUCCUCAUAUCCUACCACAGCCUAAUUUUGAGGAUGAGUUUGAGAAUAUGACAGGGACAAGGUCGACUGGUCAAGACUAUGGUCAUCACAAACGCUUCAAUGCCGGUGCCGAAGAUGCUGCGCUUGAAUUCGAAAGAGCCAUGCUACAAGACUCUCCCACUUCUCAGUCUCUCAAGCAUGUCUCUGAGGCUAAAAAGCGCACAAUUCAUGGACAUAUUGAUCUCGCAAGUGAGGUUGAUCCAAUCGAUGUCAGAGAGGAAUCAUCAGGUCCUGCAGCCAAGCGUCGAAGACUAGACAUUCCCAUCACUUCUAACGGCAUCGACGGUAGGAACCCGGAGUCCCUGUCUCUGAAAUUGUCUACUUCCAAAGGCAAAGGGAAAGUCAAGCAAGUACAGAGGGAGCCCAGCCACGACAGCGUGUCUGUGACGCCCAAAGUCCGCAAGAAACCCGGACCCAAGAAGAAAGUCGGACACGCUUUGGAGGUUGACCAUGAACAAGUGUCCCGCCCAUCCCCUCUCCCUGGUGACAUAACGCCUGCAGCAUCGCGUCCCAGUUCCCCCGUCCCUACAAACUCUACAAUGGUCUACGAAAUUGGUGAACAACCACCGCCCAUCAAGAGAGCUAAAAAAGUUGACGAUAAUGCAAUGGCAAAACGUAUCAAGUCACUUGAAGAGGCUCAGCGAAAAGUGUGGACAAACAUUGCCCGCAGAGAUGUUGCAAAGGUGUACAAGUAUCAUGCAACUGGGUAUCAAACGAGGCAAUCACAGGUCGAACGAAUCGCUAAACUUGCUUCAAUCCAAGCACGGAAACCUUUCACGAAAACGGCAAAGGCCAACAAGGACUUCCAGGCGAAGGCGAAGCGCUUGAUGCGGGAGAUGCAAGUGUUCUGGAAAAAGAAUGAGAAGGAGGAACGAGAUGUGCGCAGACGUGAACACAAGGAGGCAAUGGAUCGCCUCAGGGUCGAGGAAGAAAAACGUGAAGCGGCGAGACAGGCACGCAAGCUUGAGUUCUUGAUUUCACAGACAGAACUGUACAGCCAUUUCGUGGGAAGUAAACUGAAAACAACGGAACUUGAAGGCGACGGGGAAGCCCAGCCACUUCCUGCUGGAGCUCAUCUAGCAGAUGUCAACCCAGAAAACCUUCCUGAGAUCAACUUCGACGAUGACGAUCACACCAACCUUCAUCUUCACGCAAGGCACAAUGCUCAGGAGGCAAUCUCGCUCGCCAAGCAACGAGCCCAACAGUUUGACACGCAAGCUGCUUUGGAGCGCAAAACCAAUGAAGCUUUGAAACUUGCGAAAGCUCAAGCCCAUAUACACGAAGACCUUGAUGAAGAGGCGCAAGUUUCAACAUCCAAAGCUCCACUAGUUGAUUUGGACUCGGACGAAUUGAACUUCCAAAACCCGACAUCAUUGAGCGGACCUCUGACUAUUUCCCAGCCCAAGAUGCUGAUGGCCCAGUUGAAGGAAUAUCAACUGAAAGGUCUUAACUGGCUUGCGACACUUUAUGAACAAGGCAUUAAUGGUAUUCUGGCGGAUGAAAUGGGCCUGGGCAAGACGGUUCAAUCCAUUUCUCUAUUGGCGUAUUUAGCAGAGACGCACGAUAUCUGGGGACCGUUUUUGGUUGUUGCGCCGGCUUCUACCCUUCACAACUGGCAGCAAGAAUUGACACGAUUUGUGCCCCAAUUGAAGGCCAUUCCGUAUUGGGGUAAUGUCAAAGAUCGUGCAACUUUACGGAAGUUCUGGAGCAAGAAAGAGAUCAGCUAUAACCAAGAUGCCCCAUUCCACAUCUUGAUUACAAGCUACCAACUGGUUACCCAGGAUCAACAGUAUUUCCAGCGCGUCAAGUGGCAAUACAUGAUCCUGGAUGAGGCCCAGAACAUCAAAAAUUCUUCCAGUGUCCGGUGGAAAACUCUACUUGGAUUUCAUUGCCGCAACAGGCUUCUCCUUACUGGAACUCCAAUCCAGAAUUCGAUGCAAGAGCUAUGGGCACUAUUGCACUUCAUCAUGCCCAGUCUCUUCGACUCCCACGAUGAGUUUAACGAGUGGUUUUCCAAGGAUAUCGAGAAUGCUGCUGAGAACAAGGGGAGUAAACUCAACGAACACCAACUGAGGCGUCUUCACAUGAUCCUGAAGCCUUUCAUGUUGAGGCGUGUCAAACGACAUGUCCAGAACGAACUUAGCGAAAAGAUCGAAAUUGAUAUUCAUGUCGACCUGAGCCCCCGACAAAGAGCCCUGUAUGCUGCCCUUCUGGCAAAUGUCUCCGUCGCCGACCUUUUGGAGAAGGCAGCCAACAUAAACGAUGCAGACUCUGCUCGUUCCUUGAUGAACUUGGUGAUGCAAUUCCGCAAGGUUUGCAACCACCCAGAGCUAUUUGAGCGGGCAGAUGUUGUUGCCCCGUUUUCAUUUUGCAAUUACGGGAAACCCGGUCCUCUAAUGCGAGAAGGGGACUUUGUGAUUCUUCCCUACUCAACCCGGAGCCCAAUUGAGUAUUCCAUACCUGCCCGCCUGUACCAAGAUGGGGGACUGCUCGAUGUCCCUUCAGAAGACUCUUCAGCUCCGUCUCGCAGUAGUUGCUUAACCAAAUUGCUCAACAUCUGGUCGACUGAUUGGAUCCAUCGAUCUAUGUACCACGAUGAUUCGACAUCGUUCUCUUUCUUGCGAUUCAUUGGCAUGCCAACUUCGGAAGCGCACCAAAUACAUGUAUCACCACUGAUGCGCAGACGUCUUUUUGCUCUCGAGAGGGAAAUGGCCGUCCCGGAUAUCCGUUACGCGUCCGAACCCACUUUUGCUGCCUCUGCUGCUAAUCAUUUCCAAGUUCGGCCCCCCGCACCCCCAUGCAUAGCGAGCAACCAAUUGCCAGAGUUGCAAUCAAUCUCGAGGACCUCGUGGCAGAUCUCUUGCUUAUCGAGGCCAACCAUGAAGUGGUAUACACCACCAGUAGUUGCGCCAGCAGUGUCCAUGUACUGCAAUGAUCGGGCCUUCUUGGACUCGCAAACUCUUCUCCUGGAUGCGCCUCUGGAAUCUUUGGCGUUGUAUGGUUUACCUUUUCACAUGCGAGAUUCUGAAACGGCUGCCGUUGCCUACCAUAGUCUUCUCCCACUAGUGCCCUUGAGCGGCUUAGCUGCUAUAUCACCGACGGACCAAUUGCCUGUCUCCAACAUGCUCGUCCCUGAGGCCAAGCGGUUGAUAUACGACUCUGCUAAACUUUCAAGACUCGACAGUUUGCUCCAAGAACUCAAGGCAGGAGAUCAUCGUGUGCUGGUAUAUUUCCAGAUGACCAGAAUGAUGGACUUGAUGGAGGAAUACCUUAUUUAUCGCCAAUACAAAUAUCUGCGUUUGGAUGGUUCUUCGAAACUCGAAGAUAGACGAGAUAUGGUGAUAGACUGGCAGACCAGACCUGAUAUUUUCGUAUUUUUGCUUUCAACACGAGCAGGAGGCUUGGGCAUCAACCUCACCGCUGCUGACACGGUCAUUUUCUAUGAUCAUGACUGGAACCCUUCCAAUGAUGCGCAAGCGAUGGACCGAGCACAUCGUCUUGGGCAAACUCGUCAAGUCACGGUAUAUCGAUUGAUCACCAAGGGCACCAUUGAUGAACGCAUUGUGCAGCUGGCACGAGUGAAGAAAGAUGUUCAAGACAUCGUUGUUGGGAAUAAAAAUUUCACCGACGUUACGAAGCCGAGUGAGAUCGUCCAAUUGCUCUUGAACGACGAGCAGCUUGCGUCCCUUGAGUCAUCAAAGCUUUCGGGGACCCGCAAAGAAAAGGCCAGCGACGCCAAACAAAACCAAGACUCGGUUCGGGAUCUAUGGAACGACGAAGGCGAUGACUUCUUUGGCCACACAACUCCGUCCACAGCGGAGCGCCAGGACGAUGAUAGCUUGCCUGUGACCACACAGAGUACCCGUGGUAGGCGGCGCAAGGCAGGCGCUACAACUUCAACCCGUGGCCGGAAACCAGGUCCUAAGAAAAAAGGACCAUCUGCUAUUAACCAGUCCGUGGAGUAA